CCUUUUCUGUGGGUGGGACAGGAGCGAGUUGGACUCGGGAGCCAGAGCAGCAGCAGCAGCACCUGGUCCCAUGGACCUGCCUCCGCAGCUGGCCUUCGCCCUCUACGUGGCCGCCUUCGUGCUGGGCCUCCCGCUCAACGCCCUGGCCAUCCGGGGCGCCGCGGAGCAUGCCCGGCGCCGCCUCACUCCCAGCCUGGUCUACGCCCUGCACCUGGGCUGCUCCGACUUGCUGCUGGCGGUCUCCCUGCCCCUGAAGGCGGCGGAGGCCCUGGCCUCGGGAGCCUGGCCCCUGCCCGCCGCACUCUGCCCGGCCCUGGCCCUGGCCCACUUCGCCCCGCUCUACGCCGGCGGGGGCUUCCUGGCCGCCCUGAGUGCUGGCCGCUACCUGGGCGCGGCCUUCCCCUUGGGCUACCAAGCCAUCCGGAGGCCGCGCUAUUCCUGGGGGGUGUGUGUGGCAAUAUGGGCCCUUGUCCUCUGUCACCUGGGGCUGGUCUUCGGGUUGGAGGCUCCCGGAGGCUGGCUGGGCAUCGUCACCCCGGUCAACGGCUCUCCGGUGUGCCUGGAGGCCUGGGAGCCCGCAUCGGCCGGCCCGGCCCGCCUCAGCCUCUCCCUGCUCCUGUUCUGUGUGCCGCUGCUGGUCACGGCCUUCUGCUACGUGGGCUGCCUCCGGGCCCUGGCGCACUCGGGCCUGAGCCACAGGCGGAAGCUGAGGGCGGCCUGGGCGGCCGGCGGGGCCCUGCUCACGCUGCUGCUCUGCUUAGGCCCCUACAAUGCUUCCAACGUGGCCGGCUUCCUGCUCCCCGGCAUGGACAGCCACUGGCGGCAGCUGGGGCUCAUCACAGGUGCCUGGAGCGUCGUGCUCAAUCCGCUGGUGACCGGUUACUUGGGAAGGGGUCCUGGCCGGGGGACUGUAUGUGCGGCAAGAACGCAAGGUGGGAUAUCCCAGAAGUAGCAGACCUGGGCGCACGGGAGAAGCGCAGCGCAGGAGAGGCCUCUGCUGCGGGCCGCUGCCAAGGAACUGCAAGGCAGCCUGGCGUGGAGGCAGCCCUGGAGGCCCUGGUGGAAAGGGUUGCCCCGGCGAAGACAGCGUCCCGAGCCCAGGAGGAGAAUGGAGGCUGGGAGAGAAGCCGCAGAGGGGAAGACAGAGCCUCAAGCUGUCAUCCUGGGUAGAGUGUGGUGGCAUCGCAGCUCACAGCAACCUCCAACUCCUGGGCUCAAGCGAUUCUCCUGCCUCUGCCUCCCAAGUAGCUGGGACUACAGGCACCCGCCACAACGCCCGGCUGUUUUUUGGUUGCAGCCAUCAUUGUUGUUUGAUGGCCAGGGCUGGAUUCGAACUCGCCAGCUCAGGUGUAUACAGCUGGUGCCUUAGCCACUUGAGCCACAGUCGCCGAGGCAAGUGUACACUUCUCUUGACUGCAAAUGGAAUUAUGAAUAAUCUAUGUGCUUACAUUUUUGAUGAAGGUUAACUUUUUAUAGAUUUGUGUAUAUAUCAUGGUAGUAAGUGAUAAAAGAGACUAGUAUCUACCUUUGUUUUUUGCAUUUGUGACAUACUUUUGUCUUAAUGUUUUUGAUAUUUCUAGGCUCUUUACUGCAAUCUUUUUUAAAUUAUUGAAAAUCUCUAAAAAAAUUUUCCAAUCUAUUUAUUGUAAAAAUAAAUGCAAACCUGUGCUAUUCACGGGUCAAGUGCACCAUCUCUCCUAUGCUGGGCAUCCAGCUGAGUGCUUUAUAAUGAGUGCUGAUUCCCUGCACCCACAGUCAACCCUUGGACUUGGCUGUGCAACUGCUGUGCAAAUGAAUAGGUGGUUCACUACCUGAGGGUGCCAGGCAGAGGGGCAAACAUUGACUGAAUUCCACCCUGUGCCUGCCUUAAUAGAAGGAGCAUCUUACUCUGACUUGAAUGAAGAUACCACUUACCCCUCUGGCAGUGUGUCUUGACACUAGGUGUGCUCCCCUGAGCAAAUUUUUUUUGAAAAUUUAGCAAAUUUUUCUUAAUUUGCAAAAAGGUGCCACACCAAGUAGCUACCAUCCUCUAACAGGGACAGACAGUAGAUUAGUGACUGUCUGGGCAGUGGGGGUGGAAAUAGAGAUUGCGUGUACAUGAGUAUGAGAGAUCUUGCUUCUAAAAGUGGA